CUUUUUGUUUUUGUUGUUGUUUUUUCUUUUGAUCGUUGAUUGGGUUUUUGGAGGGGAAUGGGGAUUUUUUGUUUUCAUUCUUUUUAUCGUGCCUGGAUUUAUUUGCACUGCUAUUUUAGAUGAAGGGAAAGUUAGUUUUUGGAAACAACCCAGUUUUUGGUUUGAAAUUUGGGUAUCUGGGUUGAGAUUUUUGUUUGAAUUUCUCUGCUCUCUCUCUCUCUCUAAGAGGUAAGCAUGUGUAUGGAGAAUUGAGAGCGGAAUAGAGGGCAAGUAGAAUCCUCCUGUCUUAUGAGCCAGAAUUUUGUUCUAUUUGAAUCACUCGUGGCUCCUGGGGGAAUUUUAUAAGAAGAUUUUUAAAGAUUUGAAACAGUCCUGCUCCCGGGGACACUUUGCGAGGGUGUUCUUGAGUUGGCAGAUUAUGACAUGGCAAUCGCAAAGUCAGAGACAGGUAGUAAUAGUAUGAUUAGUAAGACUACCCCUGGUUUGGGUGGAAAGCAUGGUCUUUAUUCAACCAAUGGUGUGCAUGAGUUGCUUGAGUGCCCUGUCUGCACGAAUUUGAUGUACCCUCCUAUUCAUCAGUGUCCUAAUGGCCACACAGUAUGUUCUGACUGCAAGAUAAGGGUGCACAAUUGUUGCCCCACUUGCCGCUAUGAGCUUGGCGAUAUAAGGUGUUUGGCUUUGGAGAAAGUUGCUGAAUCAUUGGAACUUCCAUGCAGAUACCAGAGUUUAGGAUGUCAUGAUAUUUUUCCUUACUACAGCAAGCUCAAACAUGAACAACACUGUCGAUUUCGUCUAUAUAAUUGCCCUUAUGCUGGAUCUGAGUGCUCUAUUACAGGUGACAUCCCUACUCUCGUUGCUCAUCUUAAAGAGGAUCACAAGGUUGACAUGCAUGAUGGGUGCACCUUCAACCAUAGAUAUGUUAAAGCAAACCCAAAUGAAGUUGAAAAUGCAACUUGGAUGCUUACCGUCUUCAAUUGUUUCGGAAGACAAUUCUGUUUGCACUUUGAGGCUUUCCAGUUAGGAAUGGCUCCAGUCUACAUGGCCUUUUUACGAUUCAUGGGUGAUGAUAUUGAGGCUAAGAAAUUCGGCUAUAGUUUGGAAGUUGGUGCUAAUGGCCGUAAGCUAAUAUGGCAGGGUAUCCCUAGGAGUAUCCGCGACAGUCAUAGAAAAGUCCGUGACAGCCAGGAUGGACUCAUUAUUCAGAGGAAUCUGGCUCUCUAUUUCUCAGGUGGGGAUAGGCAAGAACUAAAGUUGAGGAUUACUGGCCGUAUAUGGAAAGAAGAAUGAGAUCUGGAUAGAUGAUUGGUGUUUAGGUGUACAGUUAAAAGCUGAGACUGUCUAGGGUAGCUCCAUGUUGAAGCGUCAAUGUGUUUCGCUUUGUUUUCUUCGUUGAACUUGAAGUUGAAGUGACUGAGCAGGAGGGUAUUGUGAAAACUUACUUAUCUGCUGACCGCUGCCUCGGUAAGAUCAGAGCUGCAGCUUAGCGUCAGAAAACGGAUAUUUGAGUUAUUUGAUGGGUUUGAGUGUUUGUGUGUGCUUUGCCCUCAAAAGUGACACAAAGUCCUUGGCUUUAUAUAUAUCUAAAUACACCUAUUGCCAUGUAUGUUUCUGAUGUAAUGUGGCCAUCAACACCAUAUGGUCUGAAUUUAUGAAUCCAUUCAAGAGAUUUCUUC